AUGGCCGUCGACCCAAGCUUUCCGUGCUCGUUAGUCAUUGAUGUGCCGUUCCCCACAGCUCGACUAGCCAGCAUUGCUUUGCAGGCCCUCUCGGUCGACAAGGAGCUGUCGCCGUCUGUUCGCCGCUCGUUCUCUGUCCGGGCUGCCGAUGACUCUGUGGAUGCCGAGGACGCCGGGAACGACGACUUGAAGACCGUCCUGCGCACCGCCUACGAGGCCACCACGAAUCGCAUGCUGCGCGUGUCAGUCAAUGCCUUCCUGGACCACGUCGGACUCGUAGUGGAAGUCAUGGAGGGACUCGAUGUGGACGUGCUUGCGGCCAAGGACACGGCUGACAAGGCUGUCAUGUCCCCGGCGGUAGAAGCAUGA